AUGGGACUUCCGUCUCAAGACCGGCAAGUUCAACGAAUCGAAAGGUGACAAUAUUUCAACUUGAUGAAGCCACAAAUAAAAAAUUGUUUCAGGAAAAGUUUCCAACUUCAAAAGUGUGCUGUGAUACAGGCUCGCGAGAGAAGGAUUAGGAAUUUUGUAGGGAAAUCGGUCAGUUUUUCGUUCAAAUAAUUUUCGAGGAGAUAGCUUUUUUUUUUAGGUUCGUACAGGCGCGGUUUCAUUAGCUGAGUUGGAAAAAGUCAUUUCACAGAAGGAAGGAAUAGGUUUUUUUUUUGUUUGAAAAUUAAAGUUUUGAAUCACGAAUUUCAACGGUUCGAGACGGAAUAAUCUGUAGGAAAUGGCUCAAAAGCCGUCAUGGACCAGGCCUCUUCUCACAUUUUUUCCCGGAGAGAGAAAAUAUUUUCCAUUCAAACUUUAAUGACUAAAUAAUAUAAUUAUUUGAUUCUUUGGAUAUAUAACGAUCAGAAUCAACUGGCCCAUCAGUAUUUCCAGUAGCUAAGUGAUAAUAAUCCCAGUUUUUGAUCAUUAAAUUCAUUUUAAACAAUUGUCUUCCAAGCGAAAUUGCUCCAUGAUCCUAUUUGAAAUGCUGACUUGCACGAAAAUGAGUUGACAGGUGUAAAACUAUCGUACGGCCGUCAGGAACAGCACUGUUACUUCUCCUUCAAAAGGAGAGUAUGGGAUUCCGAGCAUAAUUCAUUCCGGUCUCGCUACAAGGCUUGUUUGAAGUCCGUUUCUACUCAAUAUAACCAAAUCUUUAGGUUUUUCGAAUUCGUUUGGAAAAGGCAGGAAAUAACUUGAGGGAACCGUUUGACCCGCCGCUUCUUUUUACUGGGAGUUACGCAGAAAAUCUCGAAAUACGUACGAAGAUUCCAUUCAUUCGAAUGGACUAGAUUGUUUUUCUUCCAGUCAGACGAAUUCGCCUGAACCGUGGAAAUUUAAGAGGGGUCAAGAAGGAAACCAGAACAGAGCCUUCGGAAUUUCACAAAAAACUGGUUUUAAGCAAAACUUUGAAGAGAAAGAAAUGAAUCUCAGGAAAAGUUCUUUCUGAUGUUAAUCCGCAACGGUACAACAUGCGAAGCUCUCGAAAGCGCUGAGUCCGAUGGUACGUUUUUUUUUCUUCUUCAAAUUUCACUAGUCUCUCAAUCUGAAAAAAGUAUAAUAUGCCAUUGGAAAAAAUUUUAGUGUCCACUAUAGGGUUUUGACGUUUUAGUGGCCAUUAUAGUAAUCGAAUUAGUGACCACUUAAGAGUUUGAAAAUUAGGGGACACUAUAGAGGUCUAAGUUCUACUACUAGAUCACUAAAAAUUUUAAUGGCCACUUUAGGGGUCAAUGGAUCAACAUAACUGGUCCCAUAGGUUUGUUUUUAAAUUAUCAGAGUUACUGAAAGGAAUACUGGAUGAAAAACUACUGAAGUGGCCACUAUAGAGGUGGGUUUAGUGGCCACUUUAGUUUCCUCUCCAAGUAGUCCUUGGUGAGCCUCUAUAGGGGCCACUAAAAAUUUUCCCAGUAAGGAAACUUUAGUUUCUAACAGUGGGGUUUUUGUUAACAUUCCGAAUUUUUUAUAGGAUUGCGUGUUGUUUCUGAGGUAUUUAGCGCCCGAAAAUUAGUUUCUGCCCAAGUAUGGAUCAAGGAUAAAGAGUAAAAAACGCUCCUUAGGCAGCUUUUGAAAGUUUUUUUAAUGGUUAAAAAACCUUAAACACUGGAAAAAGAUUAAUUUUUUGAAGACAGGAAACUGCAACUCAAAAUAUUAAUUAAUAAAGAAACCUUUUUUCAAAUUUCAAUCAUAGCUGUAAACUUCUUGGCGAUGAGAGAGAUGUUUUCACGCGAUUUCGAAAAAAAAAAUGUCUGAACGAUUUUUUCAUUUUUCUUCAGGUCGAAUCGGAAUCAGUGGCCAGGUGCUGGAGGAGCAAAUUUCGUUUUAUAACCAGCUUUCGAGAGGAGUUGACCCCAAUGAAAUCAUCAGCAAUCAUCCCUACAAAUCUCGACUCAAGGCGGAAAUGAAUUAUGCAAGUUUUCUCAGAGAAAUUUUCGAAAAAGGAUAAUUCCAAGAUGAGAAGUGCAAAUAGACACAGCGAGAUGGAUUUUCGCUAAAUAUCAGAAAAAAGAGCAAAAGUCGAUAACUUUUUUUUUCUUUGGCUGUGAUCCGAUUGAACAAAGUCUUAUCGGAUUUUCAAAAUGGGUCUAUUUCAAGUAGUUGGGUGAGUAAAAAUCUUGAUAAGUCCGGGAGAAGAGGAUGACUUACGAAAAUUAAAGAACAAGGAACAAAAGUUUAUUUUCCCUUUACCUUUCAAAUUUUCUCAAAGCUAGAGGUCCAAAAUAACAUAAAAACCAGAUCAGUCGAAAAAAUGUAUUCUGAAAUGAGUUUUGCGCCACUGACUUUUCCCACAGACAUCCCCGUAAAUUUUAAAGAACGGAAUUGGAAUCAGCAAGAAAACGGCCUCUAGUGGACUAGUCUUAUUCAAAAAAAUCAUUAAGAAAGUCUACCGCUAGGAAUAAAAUUUCUCUUUAUUUCAAAUUCUUUUUCCCUGAAAUUCGAGAAGGUUUUUCUUGCUUAUAAAACCACUGUAUAGACGAAAAUAAAAUUAUCUAACCAAAAUAAGGAAAAAUUACCAAAUUUUGAAGAACUUCUGUAUCAGAAAUUGGACUGCUCUGGUCCCUUUCUUGAAAAACUUGAACUUAACUCGGAAGGUUUUUUUGAAGGGGGAGGGUUUUAGCUCAAUUCCGCUGAUUAUUUUUUUAAAACUAACUUCACGGUCAAAUGGUGGCUCGAAGAAAGAUGUCGGUACAGUAUCGUAGAAAAAAAAAGAUAAAAUAUGAUUUUAUCGAUGAAUUUACAGGAGGAAACCAUACAAAGAUACCCUGAGCAUAAAAGAGAACUCCUAGCCCUCCGACAAAUGUCCCUCUACGAAUUCGAAGAUGCAAGGAACGAGAAACUGUUUGCUAGAAAACUUGUGAGUGGAAAAUUUAUUCGGAAAACGAAAACAAUCUCGAGCAGAGGUGAUUGUUCUUUUCUGAUAUCAACGAAACUCUGCACACGGUGUUUUUAUUUUUGACGACGCCCCGCCCAUAUUUAUCCGUAAAGUGUAAUGUGUAAUGUGCAUGCGCUGCGGCGCCUAAGCCGUAUCAAAGUAAAAAUUUCGUUUUUUUAAAUGAGAAAUUGAUUCGUCUCAUGACCAAUUGAACACGCGCCUUUAAUAUUCCCUGCUGUUUACGCUUAUUUUUCAUGAAGUCCCUUCAUUUUUGGUCUCGCAUUUUCUUCCUCUAACAGAAAUGCGCGAAAGCGGCGCCGUGCUUGCACACGACACACGACACUUUACGGAGAAAACGUGGGCGUGACGUCGUCGAAAAAACGCCGUGGGAUCGGCUAUUUUGAUCCGUAGGGGUAGACUUUACAAUUCAUUUUUCAGUGCCUCUUCACUAUCGCACGGUUUUUUAAGGCUUUUAAUAGAUACGGUCUCAAGCCUUUAAAGCAAGUCUAUCUAUGCAGAACAGAUAAAUGGGAGUGAGUUUGAAAAUUUAUUAUUAGUCUCAAACUUUCAGCGAUGCAUAUAUUCGGAGCUGGAUGGUUUUUUUGGUUCAGAGGUGAAAUUUAAUCGCGUAAGGAAAAAAUAAAGCAGUGGCAAAAAAAAAUUUAUUCGAAAAUUCUUCAAAAAUCACGAAUUCUCGAAAGAGCCAAACCAAAAACAGGAAAAGCUGUUUAUCAAUACAUCCCAAGAAAUAUAUUAGAACAAAUUACGUUGUUCCUACGCGUUCAACAAGGGUACGAAAGGAAACUUUUAUCAGUCAGGGGUUUUGUCAUCAUUUUUCAACGGUAUAUCUUCAUACUUUUCCGAAAACCAAAGUCUUUUUGUACAAUCUGCUAUCUGGUGAUAGAGGAUUGGACUAUACCGAAAUCGUAUGUGUUGCCUGACUAAGAGCCCUCAAAAAAACGCAUUAAUACUUCGACGGCUUAGAAGUUUCAAGCUCGAUGCGCUUUUUAAAAGCUCAAAAACCAAGACGAACAUUUGAGAAAGAACCUUUUUUAGAUUAAUGAUAGCCUCGAGUUCAGAUUCAAGGAACCUGCUUCAAAGGAUUUGUUCUGCAAAAUCAAAGACUUAGUGGACUUUAUCAAAAAUGGAUGGAUGUACAGAACAGAAGAAUUCCUGAAAGAACGGCAAAGAGUGAUGAAAAUCGCGGCUUCGGCUUUCGGUCAGAUUUGCCAAACAUUUGAAAGGGUUUCUUUUCGAACCUUUACCCAAAAACCAAUGUCUUGGCGUUAAGGUUCAUGCCAGAGGCGAUGCUACUUGCCAUGAAAAAAAUAAGUUCCUCUCUCUCGCCUUGGAAAUCAUCAGCAUGGUUAACUUUGAUUAAUAAAACUAAAGCUGAAAUAUAAUUUUUUCAGAUGGCCAAGUUUGGGUACGACCUCACCGAUUUUCGUCAUAGGCAACAGAUUGAAAUCGACGUACGUCAUCAGAUUGAAUAGGAAAACGGCAAAAUUAAAAUGUUCAUUCCAUCUUUGAAGGCGUUUCUUGAAGUUGCUUAUUAAUGUCUGACUCGUUAGGUUGAUUCGCAACAGAAUCCUAAAAAUUGCAAAAAGAGCAGGGAUAUCUCAACCGAAAUUCGUAUACAAUCGUCAAUUUUCACCACGGUAGCAUUUUGUGAUCGAAAAUAUACAUGAAUAAUAAGUUCUCCUGACAAAAAACAACGGAAAAUUGAAAGAAAGGAAGAAAGAUAUUCAAGUCCGAAAAAUGGCUUAACAUGUUGUCCAUAGAGCGGCUUUACUGCAAAGGCGGGAACUCUCUCCGACUUUGAAUAAAUUUUUCUCCAAAACUAGUAACUCCUGUUUACUUUUUCUAAAUAAACAGUAAUCAGUUCAUUUUCAGAUCCCGAGAUUCAUUGAAGUUGUCAAACUUCUCAAUUAUGCACUAUUUCAUCUGCCACAAUUCAUAGAGUGAGUUUUCUUUCACGGCGUUCCCAAACGGGGUGGAAAGACGUCAAAAAAAAAAAAAUUUUGGCGCGAAAAUUGAAAUCUCAAAUACGCAGCUAAAGGCGAACAAACAAACAAGUUGUUAACGUUAAAUACUCAGUGUUUUUAUGACGUCAUUUUAUCCGGAGCGCGCACUCAAUUCUUUUUUGUAAAUUCAGAAACUUUGACGCCUCGCUCACCCCAUUAGGAAUGCCGUGCUUUCUAUUUAUUUCCUCAAGGCUAAAUGUUUUCCAGUAAAUUUGACCUGAUUCCUAUUUUCGUCCGAGCUGGGGCAAAUAUCAACGCGAAAAACGAAAACGGCCUAACAGCCUUGGAGCACACGUUUUUCCAAAAUUUCGGAAAACCAUUCAUUCCGAAGACUUCACAAGACGGCCGUAGGCUUCCCAGAAAGUAGGGAUUUUUCUAAAAUUCCAAUUUUUGAGGUUUUUUAGAGUUUGGCCAGCUGUCCGCGCUUUCCUUGAAAACGGAGCGCGUCUUUUCGUGAGCCAGAACGACGUCCCGCUUCUGAAGCGUUUGAGAUGGAAAGAAAAGCAUUUGAGGGUUGAUCCCAUCCCGUUCAGUAUGUUUUUCUUCAACUUUGAUGUGGAUGAAAGCUUUAGAAUUGUCAAAAUCGAAAAAUAUUGAGAUUGAUAUGAGCUAUAAAAAAAUUCACAGCAAUAAAGGGACGCGAAAUAAAAAGAUUAUGGUCGAAAUUUUUUCGGAAAGAUACCGAUUAAGAAACAUUUUCAAUCACUUUAAAAGGAAAAAAAGUUUACUGUAGCCUCCCAAAAGCCUACAGAAAAGCUAAUGUUCUCUUUUAUCAGAGGGAAAACAACUUUUGGGUGUCUAUUUUUCGCUUUUUUUCUACAACCUCUAUUUUUGAGCACUAGACAAGACUGACUCCUCAAAAAACCGGUUCCUACUUGGGAAAAUUUUUAGUGGCCUAUAAGGUUUUUGACGUUCUAGAGGCCACUAUAGUAGUCAAAUUAGUGGCACUAUAGAGGUCUAAGUGCUUUUACUAGAAUAUUAAAAGUUUAGUGGCCACUUUAGGGGUCAAUGGGUCAACAUAACUGGUUCAAUAUGUUUGUUUUAAAAUUAUCAGAGUUACUGGAAGGAAUACUGGAUGAGAAACUACUGAAGUGGCCACUAAAUAGAGAACCUUUGUAGUGGCUACUAUAGAGGUUGGUUUAGUGGCCACUUUAGUGUCCUCUUCAAGUAGUCCUUGGCGAGCUUCUACAGUGGCCAUUAAAAUUUUCUCAGUAAUUUUCAAAAAAUGCUCAUUUUCAGAUAGCUUCAUCACUUUGAAGGACAUGGCCGCAAGAGCGGUUGAAAAACAUUUUUCGCAAGAAUUUAUAAAUGAAAUUCUACCGGCCGAUUUGCUAUUUUACCUUGACAUUUCCCUACCUGUUUGCAUUACAUUAACUGAUUGA